AUGUUCUUUCGUGGCGGACUAAGCAUCCGGCGCAAUCUGUACACACGCGUCGGGCUAGUGCUCGUGCUCGGGCUGUUCGUGUUGUUCUACUUCAAGAACCUAAACGGUUCCCCGAAUUCCCUCGGGAGUUCGGGCCUCGAGCAGGUAAAACCGUUGCCACAGAUUGGGCAGCACGCGAACGGGUUGGAACUGUUGGCGGCCGCCGAAGCAGCCGCUAGUGGUGGUUCCCUCAACAAAGGCAAUCUGCUGCCAGUGCAGACGGGCGAUGCCCUGUUCGAGCGGUUGGUGCUGGCUGACCUUGCGAAGCAGCGGCCCGGGCUCGGCAACAAUGGGGAAGGGGUGGAGCUGACCGGUGAUGCAAAGGAAAUUGGCGAAAAACAGCUUGCCACGAUAGCGCUCAACGAAGAGCUGAGUGAACAUUUGAGCUACAAUCGCACCCCGCCGGACGGACGGCAUCCGGCGUGCAAGCGGAAACACUACGAUCUGGCCAGCCUGCCGUCGACCAGCGUCAUCAUCAUCUUCUACAACGAACCGUACUCGGUACUGCUGCGUACGGUGCACAGCGUGCUGAAUACGGCCGAUGGGCGGCUACUGCGUGAGAUCAUUCUGGUCGACGACGGUAGUACGAAUGUGGAGCUUAAGGGAAAGCUUGACUACUACGUCCGGACACGGCUCCCGGCGAAGGUGAAGGUGCUCCGGCAACGACAACGUGUCGGAUUAAUAAGGGCACGGUUAGCUGGUGCCCGGUUGGCAAAGGCCGAUGUACUAGUCUUCCUGGAUGCGCACUGUGAGUGUAUGGUGCAGUGGCUGGAACCGCUGCUCGAGCGGAUCAAGGAAUCGCCCACGAGUGUCCUGGUGCCGAUCAUCGAUGUGAUCGAGGCGAAAAACUUUUACUACAGCACGAACGAUUACAACGAUUUUCAGAUCGGUGGAUUUACCUGGGACGGUCACUUCGAUUGGCAUGAUGUGACGAAGCGUGAGCGUGCACGCCAGAAGCGCGAAUGUCCCGAAAAGGAUCUGGAAAUCUGUCCCACGUACAGCCCAACCAUGGCCGGUGGUUUGUUUGCGAUUUCGCGCGACUACUUCUGGGACAUUGGCAGCUACGAUGAGCAGAUGGAUGGUUGGGGUGGUGAAAAUCUCGAAAUGUCGUUCCGCGUGUGGCAGUGCGGUGGUACGCUGGAAACGAUUCCCUGCUCCCGUAUUGGGCACAUUUUCCGCGACUUUCAUCCUUACUCCUUCCCUAAUGAUCGUGAUACGCACGGUAUCAAUACGGUACGGAUGGCGAUCGUCUGGAUGGACGAUUAUGUAGAGCUACUUUAUCUUAACCGACCAGAUCUGAAGGAUCAUCCCGAACUGGGCGACGUAACACACCGGAAGGUAUUGCGCGAAAAGCUACACUGCAAAAGCUUCGAUUGGUACAUGAAAAACGUGUACCCGGAGAAGUUCAUUCCAACGCGCAACGUGCUCGCGUUCGGCCGGUUAGCAUCGCAGGCGGAAAAUCUCUGCCUCGACACACUGCAACAAAAUGCCGAAAAACCGUGGAAUCUGGGCAUCUACACCUGCUUCAAACCGGAAGUAUCGGCAUCGCAGCUAUUUUCGCUCACAAAGCGUAGCGUACUGCGGAACGAGCGUAGCUGCGCAACGGUACAGGCCAGCAAGUCGGAAUCGAAGUUUGUGGUAAUGAUACCGUGCAUCGACGAUGAUGAUAUCGAUGAUACGUGGGAGUUUACCGAGCAUCGGCAGCUGCGCCAUAAACAGUCGGGCUUGUGCCUCGAUAGUAGUGAUCUGUCGACGAAAAGUUACGUCCAUGUGGCCACGUGUCAUCCCGGAAUCAAAACGCAAAAGUGGGAAUUUCAGCAUCAGUAA